CACGCGCGCGAGUGCUUAAGAGGGUGGAUCCGUUUCUCAAUGUCUAUGACGGAAACCAGUAUUACACAGACUAGAGUCACUUGGACCAGUUGUUCUCAGCAUUGGCAGCAGCUUCGCUUCACUCUAUGGAACCAUUUCAGAUCUUUUUAAAUUUCUGUCAAUUCUGAGAAGAUACUUUCUUAUUUUGUUACCAAACUGAGUGCAGCUGCAAUGAUUUCUGUUUUGUUUUGCGUCGCUUCUGUGGCCCUGAAUCAUGGGUUUGUGAAUCGUGGAGUCAGUGGCCAAACUACUGCUAUAGGAGACAUCUUUGUCAGGCUCGUCAAUGGAAGAUCACCUCUGGAAGGACGGGUUGAAGUGAGGAAGUCUGUGAGUGACCCUUGGGGCACUGUGUGUGACGACGACUGGGACAACAAUGACGCAGGUGUUGUGUGUCGACAGCUAGGGUUAGGACAGAUAGGACAGGCUGUUGCUGGCGCAACCUAUGGGCAGGGCACAGGCCCAAUAAAUCUCGACAACGUAAACUGCACAGGAAGCGAGACAACUCUAGCGAACUGUACAGCUAGGCCAUGGGCAACAAACAACUGUGGUCAUGGUGAAGAUGCGGGGGUCAAGUGCGCGUCGAACAUCUUUGUCAGACUCGUUAAUGGGAGUUCACCUCUGGAAGGACGGGUUGAAGUGAGGAAGACUGUGAGUGACCCUUGGGGCACUGUGUGUGACGACGGCUGGGGCAACAAUGACGCAGGUGUUGUGUGUCGACAGCUAGGGUUUGGACAGAUAGGACAGGCUGUUGCUGCUGCUGCCUAUGGGCAGGGCACAGGCCCAAUAAAUCUCAGCAACGUAAGCUGCACAGGAAGAGAGACAACUCUAGCGACCUGUGCAGCUAGGCCAUGGACAACUCACAACUGUGGUCAUCAUAAAGAUGCGGGGGUCAAGUGCGACAUCAUUGUCAGACUCGUCAAUGGAAGAUCACCUCUGGAAGGACGGGUUGAAGUGAGGAAGUCUGUGAGUGACCCUUGGGGCACUGUGUGUGACGACGGCUGGGACAACAAUGACGCAGUUGUUGUGUGUCGACAGCUAGGGUUUGGACAGGAUGUAAAGGCUGUUGCUGGUGCUGCCUAUGGGCAGGGCACAGGCCCAAUAAAUCUCGACAGCGUAAGCUGCACAGGGAGCGAGACAACUCUAGCGAAUUGUACAGCUAGAACAUGGGCAACUCAUAACUGUGGUCAUAGUGAAGAUGCGGGGGUCAAGUGCGACAUCUUUGUCAGACUCGUUAAUGGGAGUUCACCUCUGGCAGGACGGGUUGAAGUGAGGAAGUCUGUGAGUGACCCUUGGGGCACUGUGUGUGACGACGGGUGGGACAACAAUGACGCAAAUGUUGUGUGUCGACAGCUAGGGUUUGGACAGAUAGGACAGGCUGUUGCUGGUGCUGCCUAUGGGCAGGGCACAGGCCCAAUAAAUCUCGACGACGUAAACUGCACAGGGAGCGAGACAACUCUAGUGAACUGUGCAGCUAACUCAUGGUCAACUCACGACUGUGGUCAUCAAAAAGAUGCGGGGGUCAAGUGCGACAUCUUUGUCAGGCUCGUCAAUGGGAGUUCACCUCUGGAAGGACGGGUUGAAGUGAGGAAGUCUGUGAGUGACCCUUGGGGCACUGUGUGUGACGACGGCUGGGACAACAAUGACGCAGGUGUUGUGUGUCGACAGCUAGGGUUUGGACAGACAGGACAGGCUGUUGCUGCUGCUUUCUAUGGAGAGGGCACAGGCCCAAUAAAUCUCGACAACGUAAACUGCACAGGAAGCGAGACAACUCUAGCGAACUGUACAGCUAACUCAUGGUCAACUCACAACUGUGGUCAUCAUAAAGAUGCGGGAGUCCAAUGCGGCAUCUUUGUCAGACUCGUUAAUGGAAGUUCACCUCGGGAAGGACGGGUUGAAGUGAGGAAGUCUGUGAGUGACCCUUGGGGCACUGUGUGUGACGACGACUGGGACGACGAUGACGCAAAUGUUGUGUGUCGACAGCUAGGGUUGGGACAGAUAGGACAGGCUGUUGCUGCUGCUGCCUAUGGGCAGGGCACAGGUCCAAUAAAUCUCGACAACGUAGACUGCACAGGAAGCGAGACAACUCUAGCGAACUGUACAGCUAACUCAUGGUCAACUCACAACUGUGGUCAUCAUAAAGAUGCGGGAGUCCAGUGCGACAUCUUUGUCAGACUCGUCAAUGGGAGUUCACCUCUGGAAGGACGGGUUGAAGUGAGGAAGUCUGUGAGUGACCCUUGGGGCACUGUGUGUGACGACGGCUGGGACAACAAUGACGCACUAGUUGUGUGUCGGCAGCUAGGGUUUGGACAGGCAGUAAAAGCUGUUGCUGCUGCUUUCUAUGGGCAGGGCACAGGCCCAAUAAAUCUCCACAACGUAAACUGCACAGGAAGCGAGACAACUCUUGCGAGCUGUGGAGCUAAUUCAUGGGCAACUCACUACUGUAAUCAUGGUGAAGACGCGGGUGUCAAAUGCGACAUCUUUGUCAGACUCGUUAAUGGGAGUUCACCUCUGGAAGGAAGGGUUGAAGUGAGGAAGUCUGUGAGUGACCCUUGGGGCACUGUGUGUGACGACGGCUGGGACGACAAUGACGCAAAUGUUGUGUGUCGACAGCUGGGGUUUGGACAGAUAGGACAGGCUGUUGUUGGUGCUGCCUAUAGGCAGGGCACAGGCCCAAUAAAUCUCGACGACGUACACUGCACAGGGAGCGAGACAACUCUAGCGAACUGUACAGCUAACUCAUGGACAACUCACAACUGUGGUCAUCAUAAAGAUGCGGGUGUCAAGUGUGUCAUCUUUGUCAGGCUCGUCAAUGGGAGUUCACCUCUGGAAGGACGGGUUGAAGUGAGGAAGUCUGUGAGUGACCCUUGGGGCACUGUGUGUGACGACGGCUGGGACAACAAUGACGCAAAUGUUGUGUGUCGACAGCUAGGGUUUGGACAGAUAGGACAGGCUGUUGCUGCUGCUACCUAUGGGCAGGGCACAGGCCCAAUAAAUCUCCACAACGUACACUGCACAGGAAGCGAGACAACUCUAGCGAACUGUACUUCUAGGCCAUGGGCAACUCACAACUGUGGUCAUAGUGAAGACGCGGGUGUCAAAUGCGACAUGUUUGUCAGGCUCGUCAAUGGGAGUUCACCUCUUGAAGGACGGGUUGAAGUGAGGAAGUCUGUGAGUGACCCUUGGGGCACUGUGUGUGACGACGACUGGGACAACAAUGACGCAAAUGUUGUGUGUCGACAGCUAGGUUUGGGACAGAUAGGACAGGCUGUUGCUGCUGCUACCUAUGGGCAGGGCACAGGCCCAAUAAAUCUCGACGACGUACACUGCACAGGGAGCGAGACAACUCUAGCGAAUUGUGCAGCUAGGACAUGGGCAACUCACAACUGUGGUCAUCAUAAAGAUGCGGGUGUCAAGUGCGACAUCUUUGUCAGACUCGUCAAUGGGAGUUCACCUCUGGAAGGACGGGUUGAAGUGAGAAAGUCUGUGAGUGACCCUUGGGGCACUGUGUGUGACGACGGCUGGGACAACAAUGACGCACUAGUUGUGUGUCGGCAGCUAGGGUUUGGACAGGAUGUAAAAGCUGUUGCUGCUGCUGCCUAUGGGCAGGGCACAGGCCCAAUAAAUCUCGACGACGUAGACUGCACAGGAAGCGAGACAACUCUAGCGAACUGUACAGCUAACUCAUGGGCAACUCACGACUGUGGUCAUAGUGAAGACGCGGGGGUCAAGUGCAUGUCAAAGUGUUUAUCAGCGCAGUAUUUCGAUACAACUCGGCAGCAGUGUGUGGGCUGUCCUCCUGGUAAACAUCAGCCUUGGCCAUACGCAGACCUCUGUGACCCAUGCCCUGCUGGACAAUACCAAAAUAUAUCUGGACAAACUAAUUGCGUGCAGUGUCCUCCUGGUCACUUCCAAAGUAGGAGUGGCCAGACGUCCUGUAUUUCUUGUUCUCCUGGUCACUACCAAAGUGAGGCCGGUCAACUAUCCUGUAAUUCUUGUCCUCCUGGUCAAUGCCAAAGUCACAGUGGCCAGUUAUCCUGUAUUUCUUGUCCUCCUGGUCAAUAUCAAAAUGGGAGCGGUCAGCUAUUCUGUAAUUUCUGUCCUCCUGGUCAAUACCAAAGUCAGCGCGGUCAAUUAUCCUGUACUUUUUGUCCCCCUGGUCAGUACCAAAAUCUAAGUGGUCAGCUCUCCUGUACUUCUUGUCCUCCUGGUCACUACCAAAAUCUAAGUGGUCAGCUCUCCUGUACUUCGUGUCCUCCUGGUCAGUACCAAAAUCUAAGUGGUCAGUUAUCCUGUAUUUCUUGUCCUCCUGGUCAGUAUCAAAUAUCAUCUGGACAGCCUUCGUGUAUUGCAUGCCCUGCUGGUCAUUAUCAAAACAUUUCUGGGCAAACAAAGUGCACUCCGUGUCCUACAGGACAGUAUCAGAAUACGGCUGGUCAGUCUUCUUGUAUCCUAUGUCCUUCUGGUCAGUACCAAGCUAUGCCUGGCCAGUCUUCAUGUGUUGCAUGCUCUGUUGGUUAUUAUCAAAACACUUCAGGACAGAACAGCUGCAUUCCGUGUGUAGCGGGUCAGCAUCAAAACGGAACAGGUCAGGAGGUUUGCACCUUGUGUCCAGUUGGCCAAUUUCAAAAUGCCUCAGGUCAGGACUUGUGCACAGAUUGUCCUGCAGGCUGGAUUCAAAAGUUACCUGGCCAAACCUCGUGUAUGCCGUGCCCUCCAGGGCAGCAUUCAGCAGGUGUGGACACCUGUCUUCCCUGCCCCCAGGGUCAGCAUCAACCCCAGCAUGCGCAGCAGCAGUGUCUGGCCUGUCCAGCAGGUCAGUACCAAGAUGGCCGCGGACAGUCAACUUGCAGCACGUGUCCCCACGGAACAACCACAUCAUCGCCAGCAGCAACGCAUCGCGACAACUGCACAGAAUCUCCAGCGCCCUCGGCCACAGUGACAGUAACUCUCACCUACACUCUGUUGGCCGUCUGUACCGAUGACCAGGCUCAUGAGGUCACCACACACCUGUUUACCCAGGUGCAGCGCCUGGAUGUAGACGGUGUGUGCGUGGACCUCGCGUGCUCCAACGUCCACGUGACGGCGUGGUGCAAGAGCUACACGGCCUCCGUCAUCAACAGCGAGAUACGCUUCGACAACCUGCCGACUGAACUGUCUACACCAAACAAAAGCCUGGUGCCACCCAAUGAGCUGUUGCUACAGACUGCCAUACACACUAAUAUCUUUGAUCACAUACCGGGGACAGUUCUUCAGAAGAACAAGAUCGCCACCAGCUCAAAGCAGACAUGUCCUCCAGGCUUCGUUCUCUCUGAAAAUAUUUGUGACAUCUUUGUCAGACUCGUUAAUGGAAGUUCCCCUCGGGAAGGACGGGUUGAAGUGAGGAAGUCUGUGAGUGACCCUUGGGGCACUGUGUGUGACGACGACUGGGACAACAAUGACGCAAAUGUUGUGUGUCGACAGCUAGGGUUUGGACGGACAGGACAGGCUGUUGCUGCUUCUUUUUAUGGACAGGGCACAGGCCCAAUAAAUCUCGACAACAUACACUGCACAGGGAGCGAGACAACUCUUGCGAACUGUGGAGCUAACUCAUGGGCAACUCACAACUGUGGUCAUCAUAAAGAUGCUGGGAUCCAAUGCGACAUCUUUGUAAGACUCGUCAAUGGGAGUUCCCCUCGGGAAGGACGGGUUGAAGUGAGGAAGUCUGUGAGUGACCCUUGGGGCACUGUGUGUGACGACGACUGGGACAACAAUGACGCAAAUGUUGUGUGUCGACAGCUGGGGUUUGGACAGAUAGGACAGGCUGUUGCUGCUGCUUUCUAUGGGCAGGGCACAGGCCCAAUAAAUCUCGACAACGUACACUGCACAGGGAGCGAGACAACUCUGCCGUACUGUGGAGCUAACUCAUGGGCAACUCACGACUGUGGUCAUCAUAAAGAUGCGGGGGUCAAAUGCGACAUCUUUGUCAGACUCUUUAAUGGGAGUUCACCUCGGGAAGGACGGGUUGAAGUGAAGAAGUCUGUGAGUGACCCUUGGGGCACUGUGUGUGACGACGGCUGGGACGACAUGGACGCAGGUGUUGUGUGUCGACAGCUAGGGUUUGGACGGACAGGACAGGCUGUUGCUGCUGCUUUCUACGGGCAGGGCACAGGUCCAUCUAAUCUCGACAACGUACACUGCACAGGGAUCGAGAGAACGCUAGCGAACUGUGGAGCUAUGCCAUGGGCAACACACAACUGUGGUCAUCAUAACGAUGCGGGGGUCAAGUGCGACAUCUUUGUCAGACUCGUUAAUGGGAGUUCCCUUAGGGAAGGACGGGUUGAAGUGAAGAAGUUUGUGAGUGACCCUUGGGGCACUGUGUGUGACGACGACUGGGACAACAAUGACGCAGGUGUUGUGUGUCGGCAGCUAGGGUUUGGACGGAUAGGACAGGCUGUGUCUGCUGCUUUCUAUGGGCAGGGCACAGGCCCAAUAAAUCUCGACAACGUACACUGCACAGGGAUCGAGAGAGCUCUAGCGAACUGUACAGCUAACUCAUGGGCAACUCACAACUGUGGUCAUCAUAAAGACGCGGGGGUCAAGUGCGACAUCUUUGUCAGACUCGUUAAUGGAAGUUCCCCUGUGGAAGGACGGGUUGAAGUGAGGAAGUCUGUGAGUGACCCUUGGGGCACUGUGUGUGACGACGGCUGGGACAACAAUGACGCAGGUGUUGUGUGUCGACAGCUAGGGUUUGGACAUGCAGCACAGGCUGUUGCUGCUGCUUUCUAUGGGCAGGGUACAGGCCCAAUAAAUCUCGACAACGUACGCUGCACAGGAAGAGAGACAACUCUAGCGAACUGUUUUGCUAACUCAUGGGCAACUCACAACUGUGGUCAUCAUAAAGAUGCUGGGGUCAAGUGCGACAUUUUUGUCAGACUCGUUAAUGGAAGUUCCCCUGUGGAAGGACGGGUUGAAGUGAGGAAGUCUGUGAGUGACCCUUGGGGCACUGUGUGUGACGACGGCUGGGACAACAAUGACGCAAAUGUUGUGUGUCGGCAGCUAGGGUUUGGACAGAUAGGACAGGCUGUUGCUGCUGCUUUCUAUGGGCAGGGCACAGGUCCAAUAAAUCUCGACAACGUACACUGCACAGGAAGAGAGACAACUCUAGCGAACUGUGGAGCUAACACAUGGUCAACUCACGACUGUGGUCAUCAUAAAGAUGCUGGGGUCAAGUGCGACAUCUUUGUCAGACUCGUUAAUGGGAGUUCCCCUCGGGAAGGACGGGUUGAAGUGAGGAAGUCUGUGAGUGACCCUUGGGGCACUGUGUGUGACGACGACUGGGACGACAAUGCAGCAGGUGUUGUGUGUCGACAGCUGGGGUUUGGACAGAUAGGGCUGGCUGUUGCUGGUGCUGCCUAUGGGCAGGGCACAGGCCCAGUAAAUCUCGACAACGUACACUGCACAGGAAGAGAGACAACUCUAGCGAAUUGUACAGCAAGGCCAUGGGCAACUCACGACUGUGGUCAUCAUAAAGAUGCGGGGGUCAAGUGCGACAUCUUUGUCAGACUCGUUAAUGGGAGUUCACCUCUGGAAGGAAGGGUUGAAGUGAGGAAGUCUGUGAGUGACCCUUGGGGCACUGUGUGUGACGACGGCUGGGACAACAAUGACGCAAAUGUUGUGUGUCGACAGCUAGGGUUUGGACAGAUAGGACAGGCUGUUGCUGCUGCUUUCUACGGGCAGGGCACAGGCCCAAUAAAUCUCGACAACGUACACUGCACAGGAAGCGAGACAACUCUAGCGAACUGUGGAGCUAAUUCAUGGGCAACACACGACUGUGGUCAUCAUAAAGAUGCUGGGGUCAAGUGCGACAUCUUUGUCAGACUCGUAAAUGAAAGAGCGCCUCGGGAGGGACGGGUUGAAGUGAGGAAGUCUGUGAGUGACCCUUGGGGCACUGUGUGUGACGACGACUGGGACAACAAUGACGCAGUUGUUGUGUGUCGACAGCUAGGGUUUGGACAGAUAGGACAGGCUGUUGUUGGUGGUACCUAUGGGCAGGGCACAGGCCCAAUAAAUCUCGACAAUGUGCACUGCACAGGAAGCGAGACAACUCUAGCGAACUGUUUUGCUAACUCAUGGUCAACUCACAACUGUGGUCAUCAUAAAGAUGCGGGGGUCAAGUGCGACAUCUUUGUCAGACUCGUUAAUGGUAGUUCACCUCUGGAAGGACGGGUUGAAGUGAGGAAGUCUGUGAGUGACCCUUGGGGCACUGUGUGUGACGACGGCUGGGAAAACAAUGACGCUGGUGUUGUGUGUCGACAGCUUAGGUUUGGACAGACGGGACAGGCUGUUGCUGCUGCUUUCUAUGGGCAGGGCACAGGCCCAAUAAAUCUCGACAACGUAAACUGCACAGGAAGCGAGACAACUCUAGCAAACUGUGGAGAUAAUUCAUGGUCAACUCACAACUGUGGUCAUCAUAAAGAUGCUGGGGUCAAGUGCGACAUCUUUGUAAGACUCGUCAAUGGGAGUUCCCCUCGGGAAGGACGGGUUGAAGUGAGGAAGUCUGUGAGUGACCCUUGGGGCACUGUGUGUGACGACGACUGGGACAACAAUGACGCAAAUGUUGUGUGUCGACAUCUAGGGUUUGGACGGAUAGGACAGGCUGUUGCUGCUGCUUUCUAUGGGCAGGGCACAGGCCCAAUAAAUCUCGACAACGUACACUGCACAGGAAGAGAGACAACUCUAGCGAACUGUACAGCUAACUCAUGGGCAACUCACGACUGUGGUCAUCAUAAAGAUGCUGGGGUCAAGUGCGACAUCUUUGUCAGACUCGUAAAUGGAAGUUUGCCUCGGGAGGGACGGGUUGAAGUGAGGAAGUCUGUGAGUGACCCUUGGGGCACUGUGUGUGACGACUACUGGGACAACAAUGACGCAAGUGUUGUGUGUCGACAGCUAGGGUUCGGACAGACAGGACUGGCUGUUGUUGCUGAUUUCUACGGGCGGGGCACAGGCCCAAUAAAUCUCGACAGCGUACACUGCACAGGGAGCGAGACAACUCUAGCGAACUGUAGAGCUAACUCAUGGACAACUCAUGACUGUGAUCAUGGUGAAGACGCGGGGGUCAAGUGCAUGUCAAGUUGUUUAACAGCGCAGUAUUUCGAUACAACUCGGCAGAAGUGUGUGGACUGUCCUCCUGGUAAACACCAGCCUUGGCCAUACGCUGACUUCUGUAAGCCAUGCCCUGCUGGACAAUACCAAAAUAUAUCAGGAGAAACUAAUUGUGUGCAGUGUCCUCCUGGUCAGUUCCAAGGUAAAAGUGGCCAGAAGUCCUGUACUUCCUGUCCUCCUGGUCAGUACCAAAGUCAGAACGGUCAGCUAUCCUGUACAUCUUGUCCUCCUGGCCAAUAUCAAAGUCAGAGUGGUCAAAUAUCCUGUAUUACGUGUCCUCCUGGUUACUACCAAAAUAGGAGUCGUCAGUUAUCCUGUACUUCUUGUCCUUUAGGUCAGUAUCAAAGUCAGAGCGGUCAACUAUCUUGUACUUCCUGUCCCCCUGGUCAGUAUCAAAGUCAGAUCGGUCAGUUAUCUUGUAUUUCUUGUUCUCCUGGGCAGUACCAAAGUCAGCGCGGUCAGCUCUCCUGUACUUCUUGUCCUCUUGGUCACUAUCAAAAUACGAGUGGUCAGCUAUCCUGUACUUCUUGUCCUCUUGGUCACUAUCAAAAUAAGAGUGGUCAGCUAUCCUGUAUUUCUUGUUCUCCUGGGCAGUACCAAAGUCAGCGCGGUCAGCUAUCCUGUACUUUUUGUCGCCCUGGUCAAUAUCAAAGUCAAAGUGGUCAGCUCUCCUGUACUUCUUGUCCUCUUGGUCACUAUCAAAAUAAGAGUGGUCAGCUAUCCUGUAUUUCUUGUUCUCCUGGGCAGUACCAAAGUCAGCGCAGUAAGUUAUCCUGUAUGUCUUGUCCUACUGGUCACUACCAAAAUAGGAGCGGUCAGCUUUCCUGUAUUACUUGUCCUCCUGGUCAAUAUCAAAAUGGGAGCGGUCAGCUGUCCUGUACUUCCUGUCCUCCUGGUCAGUACCAAAGUCAGAGUGGUCAACCAUCCUGUACUUCCUGUCCCCCUGGUCAGUACCAAAGUCAGAUCGGUAAGUUAUCUUGUAUUUCUUGUGCUACUGGUCAGUACCAAAAUCAGAGCGGUCAGUUAUCCUGUAUUUCGUGUCCUCCUGGUCAGUACCAAAGAUCAUCUGGACAGUCUUCGUGUAGUGCAUGCCCUGCUGGUCAUUAUCAAAACAUUUCUGGGCAAACAAAGUGCGAUCAGUGUCCUACAGGUCAGUACCAGAAUGCAACUGGUCAAUCUUCUUGUAUACUUUGUCGUCCUGGUCAGUACCAAGCUAUGCCUGGCCAGUCUUCAUGUGCUUCAUGCUCUGUUGGUUAUUAUCAAAACACUUCAGGACAGAACAGCUGCAUUCCGUGUGUAGCGGGUCAGCAUCAAAACGGAACAGGUCAGGAGGUUUGCACCUUGUGUCCAGUUGGCCAAUUUCAAAAUGCCUCAGGUCAGGACUUGUGCACAGAUUGUCCUGCAGGCUGGAUUCAAAAGUUACCUGGCCAAACCUCGUGUAUGCCGUGCCCUCCAGGGCAGCAUUCUGCAGGUGUGGACACCUGUCUUCCCUGCCCCCAGGGUCAGCAUCAACCCCAGCAGGCGCAGCAGCAGUGUCUGGCCUGUCCAACAGGUCAGUACCAAGAUGGCCGCGGACAGUCAACUUGCAGCACGUGUCCCCACGGAACAAGCACAUCAUUGCCAGCAGCAACGCAUCGCAACAACUGCACAGAAUCUCCAGCGCCCUCGACCACAGUGACGGUGACUCUCAUCUACACUCUGUUGGUUGUCUGUACCGAUGACCAGGCUCGUGAGGUCAGCACACACCUGUUUACCCAGGUGCAGCGACUGGAUGUAGACGGUGUGUGCGUGGAUCUCGCGUGCUCCAACGUCCACGUGACGGCGUGGUGCGAGAGCUACACGGCCUACGUCAUCAACAGCGAGAUACGCUUCGACAACCUGCCGACUGAACUGUCUACCCCAAACAUAAGCCUGGUGCCACCCGAGGAGCUGUUGCUGCAGACUGCCAUACACACCAAUAUCUUUGAUCACUUGCAGAUACCUGGCACAGUUCUUCAGAAGAACAAGAUCGCCACCAGUUCAAGGCAGACAUGUCCUCCAGGCUUCGUUCUCUCUGAAAAUAUUUGUGUGCAUGCGGACGAUUACCUGACCCAUCACCUCGGUGUCAUUUUUGGCUGCGUCGUCGCUGUCGUCGUAGUCAUUAUCCUCUCAGUCGUCUUAUACAAGUUAAGGGGCAAAAGCAAUAUCUUGGUAUCACUAGGACAUUCCGCUGUAAUGGAGAAGGAAUACGGCAUACUUAACCCUGGGUACGAAAACUUGGAGAUGCGUGAAGUUGGAGGUCAAAAGGCCCCGGGGACUCCACAGGCCAAUGAAGAACAAGAACUGUAUGACAUUAUUCCAGAGGAUGGAUGUCCCCUCAGCACCUAAUGAAGUACUGUGGACCUCACCCUCCUGAGACUAAACAAAAGCAAAAGAACACCCCUGUACAUUAUGAUUUCCGAAUAUGAACUUAUACAUUGAAAAUUGUCUUGGGGUAUUGUCUCGAAGCAUUGAGAGCAGGAUAAAAGGAACCGUCAGUACUCAUCGACACUUUGGAGCUGGAGAAUGAAUUUGUAAGAGAAUAGCAGCUACUACUCUAAGAAUCAUGGUGCUUUUUCUUUACCCUGAGGACUUGAUUUCACAGGCAAAAUGGUAGAACUGCAACCAUGGAAAACGCAUCUUGAAUCACAAUAACAGCGACAAUGUUACAGAGGAAGCUGUGGCUUGAACCUAACAUUUUUCAGAGUUCAGUUCUCUGCACGUCCUUGUUAACUAACUCCGUGGACAUCUCUUGCUAGUUGUCGUUCCACCAACUUGUUCGUCAUACAGUUCAUCAAGGCUGAAGGUGUCAACGCUCUUAAGCAAAGUACUCAGUUCACAUGGACAUAUGUGCUGAUAUAUAUAUAUAAGCUAUUUUAUAUUAUUUGUGUACAUUGUUGAUACAGCUACUCCAUUUAUCUUUUAAUGUUUUCAUAUUUUUAAUAAUUAUUACAAUAUAAUCUUUACAAUCUUGUUAUAAUGAUUUACCUAUACAGUUCCUUUUGUCAUACCUGAUAGAAAGUUGGUGGAUAGUGCAACUUUUCCCACCUGCAUGUAUAUAGUCCUCCUCCUACCCCAACCCCCGAAAACAUGUUUCACACGUUUAUCUCUGUGAGUGUAAACAAUUUAUCUGAUCUACCGUUCAUCUCAUGAAGUCCUUUCAAGUUUUGUUCUUUUGAAGAGCCAAUCAGCCGGUCGUGGAGACCUUGGUUUGGCUGAGUAAUAUGUUAGAAGGGUUCAAAGAACUUUUCUGCGGCGUGUGUCGCUGAUGUGCCAGUGUGAAGACAAGGGGACUCGAUUGUAUAAACUGUAGAGUUCUUUCGUUCAAAUAUCUUUGACUGUAAAGACUCAGUUUCUUGGAGAGGUUGGAACCGUAGAUUUAGGAUCCGAAACGAGCCAUUGACAUAGGCCUAUGGGACUUAUGCUUCAUCGCUCAAUUUAAGUGCUGGACAACCAACCAUCUUCUUACCCUUAACACUAAGGCAACAAUCAGAAGAUACUUCAAUUCAUCCACACAUGUGCACACCAUUAACAAAUGCGCACAUUUUUCUUAAAUAACUUAUUUUAUUUCUUCAUUUUCUGUUUUCAUGCCAACCCGGUCAUGAAGUGUACUUUUAUUUACAAGAUAUAAUGACAAAUCAUGAAUAUCUACAACUUUGUGAAAACUUUUUUUCUAUGUGUCUUGCAGGCAUUCACACAUUACCCAAACCAUUUAACCUGACAAUGAAGGUAGACACAUUCCAUCCAAACAGAGGAAUCCCAACCAUGGCCACAUCUAAAAACAGUAAACGACUUAAUUAACAAAGUAAGACGAAAGACAUCACAGUACUUAAAGUGAACAAUAAUUUCAGGUGGAGCAAAUCUGAACAGUGAGGGCAAGUGACAUCUGUUAAAAUCUCUUUUCUCACAUACGAAAAAAAACAAAAAAAAUAGGCAAAAUAAGUCAAGAACAGUUACAGCAUGUAGAAACUUUACUGAUGAUGAUCAACAUCUCACAUUAUAAUUCAUAUUUUCUGUUGACAUAGGGGAUUCUGGGAGGGGGAAAAAGAUUAACAACAAUAAUAAUAAUGUUUACCUACAGAGCACCUUUUCUCACCAACACAGGCAGGCUCAAGGCGCUUACAUACGUGAAGUCACACAAGCACACACCAGCAGGCAUCAAAUGUAUCCUACAAAUUUAUUCACCAUCAUUCUAAUCAGAAUUACUCCCUCAAGUCUCCUGCUCUCUCUCUCUCACACAACACACAUAGGCUGGAUGAAACAGUAUAUCUGGAGACAACCAUGAUGGCCUGGGAAAUAAACUUUAUAAUCAAUCUCUUUAACUCUCUUGCUUCUAUCAUCAUUUGCAUUAGUAUUGCUUUAGUAUUCGAUGCAUUUCACUCUCUCCUUAUAGCAGGCCAUAUUUUGGCAUUACAGGAAACAUAAAAGAUAAAUAUGUUUUAGAAGUGUUUUUCUUCACUAGAACUACAUCAGAGGUUUCAGCCAUGAUUUUUGUUAUCUUUGUACUUUGUGUUAGAAUGUUACAGAUUGCCAAUUUCUAACGCUGUUUUACUUAAUAAGUUUAAUAAAAUUAACCUAGGCUGAAUAAAUUAAAAAUGAAAACAAGUGCACUUCAUAUUUUUGCAGACAGUCCGGUCCAAAGCCAGUGGUCCAUAGUUUGCCCACACCUUGCUUAAAGUCAUUUGAUUGUUCGUUGUAGAACCAAAGUCAAGGAAUGAAAUAGACAGCCAUAACUUCCGAAAUUGAAUGUGAAAGAGAUUUAAACACAUUGGUACAAUGUGUCAAACUAUGUAGACUUUAAGACUCCACUUUAAGAGGGUCUAAGAAGCUCUUGUACUCUAACCUUUAAAUGCCAGACUUCCCAAAUGUGCUGCAGUGAAUUUCUACAGACUGCAUGUUCUACAGUCUCUUCAGCAGUUAUGCUUUUGUCUGUAAGAAAUUAUUAUUGAGUCCUUCCUCUCUCUUACACACAAAAUGACCAUGAAUUUCAAUAUCUUUUACAGAAUACAAUUCAGAUAUCCUAUUUAAGAGUAUUUACUGUAACUUUCAUUGUGGAUGAAUGGAAUGGCACAGAAAGGAAAACCAGGAUGGUAAUUUGUAGACCUAUGCCAAAAAGACUUGACUGUGUAUACUUGGAAGCUCUAUCUUGUUAAUAUUUUUUCCUAGCUGGUUUUCGAAAAUAUCAAGGCACCUGAUUUUCCAAUAAAGCAAAUAAAAAGCCCUA